UUUGUUUCUAUUACAGUUUAAUAUUCUAAGAUUCUUCACAUUUUCUUCUUAACAGCAAUACAUCAGACAACUCCACAACCAAUUAUUACAAAAUCUUCUACUACCACUGAGCAUUCAAGAGCAACAAUGGCUCCAAAAGAAACACUGCUCAUUCCUUCCAAACCCAAAACAUCUGUUGGGCCAGAAGUACCACAGACUAAACCUGCUCCAAGGGCAACACACCUGGGAUCAAUUAACCUUAUAACAGUUCAUGUUGUUGAUGGGUCCAAAAUGACUUUGGUUCCCAAUGAAACGUACCAGAUUUCACCCAAGCCCAAAACUGCUCUAGCAACUGAAAUUCCACGGUUCCAUACAGGUAAUUUUUAGGAUUUUCUUGAGUUGUUGUAUUGAGAGUCUGUAGAUCUUAAGUAAAGUCAGUAUGGUUUAAGGUUUAAUGGUCUGUUCAUUAUUACCUUUAAA